AUGGCAGAAGCUGGAGAUGUACUGGAUCAGAAACAGUUCAACUGUCCUAUAUGCCUGGAUCUGCUGAAGGAUCCGGUGGCUAUUCCCUGCGGACACAGUUACUGUAUGGACUGUAUUAAGGGCUGCUGGGAUCAGGAUGAUCAUACUGGUGUCUACAGCUGUCCCCAGUGCAGGCAGACCUUUGCCCCAAGGCCUGUUCUGGGCAGAAACACCAUGCUGGCUGAAGUGGUGGAGAAGCUGAAGAAGACAGGACUCCAAGCUGCUCCUCCUGCUCACUGUUACGCUGGACCUGGAGACGUGGCGUGUGAUGUCUGCACUGGGAGAAAGCUCAAAGCUGUCAAGUCCUGUCUGAUGUGCAUGGUGUCUUACUGUGAAACUCACCUCCAGCCUCAUUAUGAAUCUACUGCGUUUAAGAUGCACAAACUGGUAAACGCCACAGAAAAACUACAGGAGAACAUGUGCCCCAAUCACAACAGACUGCUGGAGGUUUACUGCCGUUCUGAUCAGCUGUGUAUCUGCUGUCUGUGUGUGCUGGAUGAACACAAAGGUCAUGAUACAGUCUCAGCUGAAGAGGAAAGGAUUGAGAAACAGAAUCAGCUGGCGGAGACACAGAGGAAAUUCCAGCAGAGAAUCCAGGAGAGAGAGAAGGAGCUGCAGGAUCUGAGACAGGCUGUGGAGUCACUCACGCGCUCUGCACAGGCAGCAGUGGAGGACAGUGAGACAAUUGUUACUGAGUUCAUCUUCUCUAUUGAGAGAAAGCACUCUGAGAUGAAAGAGCUGAUCAGAGAUCAGGAGGAGGCAACAGUCACUUGGUCUGUAGGAGUCAUUGACCAACUGGAAACAGAGAUUGCUAAGCUGAAGAGGAGAGAUGCUGAGAUGGAGCAGCUUUCACACACAGAGGAUCACAUCAAUUUCCUCCAGAGCUGUCAGCCUCUCUGUAUCCCUCCUGGAUGUGGAGGCUUACCCAGCAUAACUAUGUAUCCAAACGUCUCCUUUGGGUUUGUGAAGAAAUCUGUCUCUGAACUGAAGGGGCAACUGGAGGAUAUCUACAAGGAGCAACUGGCCAAGAUCUUUUUAAAAGUGAAAGAUGUGAAUCUUCUACCAACUCCAGGGCCAAAGACCAGAGCAGAGUUUUUACAAUAUUCCUGCCAGCUCACACUGGACCCAGACACGGCGUUUAGAGAGCUGCUUCUGUCUGAGGAGAACAGAGAAGCGACACGUGUGAGAGAGAAACAGCCGUACCCUGACCACCCAGAGAGAUUCACUGCUGUUGCCCAGGUGCUGUGCAGAGAGGGUCUGUCUGGCCGCUGCUACUGGGAGGCUGAGUGGAGUGGGGAAGGGGUGGCGAUAGCAGUCUCAUAUAAAGAGAUCAGCAGGAGAGGAAAGAGAGACAACUGCUUUUUCGGAUGCAAUGAAAAGUCCUGGAGUUUUUACCGCUCUGCUUCCUGUUACUCUUCCUACUACAAGACAAAGCAAACUUAUAUACCCGUCCCCCCCUCCUCCAAAAUAGGAGUGUACCUGGAUCACAGGGCAGGAACUCUGUGCUUCUACAGCGUCUCUGACACAAUGACCCUCCUGUACAGAGUCCAGGCCACAUUCACUCAGCCCCUCUAUCCUGGGUUUGGGUUUGGCGUUGGGUCAGCUGUAAAACUGUGUCCUCUGUGUUUGUCAGUUACUGUGUGCAGUAAAAUGGCAGCAGCUAGUAUCUCAGUGGAUCAGGACCAGUUCAGCUGUUCAAUCUGUCUGGAUCUACUGAAGGAUCCCGUGACUAUUCCCUGCGUACACAGUUACUGUAUGGACUGUAUUAAGGGCUACUGGGAUCAGGGUGAUCAAACUGGUGUCUACAGCUGCCCCCAGUGCAGAGAGACCUUCAACCCAAGGCCUGUUUUAAGAAGAAACACCAUACUGGCUGAAGUGGUGGAGAAACUGAAGAUGACAGGACUCCAAGCUGCUCCUCCUGCUCACUGUUACGCUGGACCUGGAGACGUGGCGUGUGAUGUCUGCACUGGGAGAAAGCGCAAAGCCGUCAAGUCCUGUCUGGAGUGCUUGGCCUCUUACUGCGAAACUCAUCUAAUCCUUCAUGAUGAACUCAAUCGAGGGAAGUCUCACAAACUGAUUGAAGCCACAGGAAACUUGCAGGAGAAGAUCUGCUCUCAACAUUGCAAACUGCUGGAAGUUUACUGCCGUACUGACCAGCAGUUCAUCUGUUGCUUUUGUAUGAUAAAUGAACACCGAGGCCAUGACACAGUCUCAUUUGAAGCAGAAAGGACUGAGAAACAGAAGCAGCUGGGGGAGACACAGAGGAAAUUCCAGCAGAGAGUCCAGGAGAGAGAGAAGGAGCUGCAGGAUCUGAGACAGGCUGUGCCGUUACUCAUGUACUCUGCACAGGCAGCAGUGGAGGACAGCGAGAGGAUCUUUACUGAGCUGAUCUGCUCCAUUGAGAGAAGGCGCUCUGAGGUGAAAGAACUGAUCAUAAACCAGGAGAAUGCAAAAGUGGCUUUGUCUGUAGGACUCAUUGCCCAACUGGAGCUGGAGAUUGCUGAGCUGAGGAGGAGAGAUGCUGAGCUGGAGCAGCUUUCACACACACAGGAUCACAUCCAUUUCCUUCGGAGCUGUCAGUCUCUCUGUGUCCCUCCUGGAUGUGGAGACUUACCCAGAAACACUGUCAAUCUGAACGUCUUUUUUGGGUUUGUGAAGAAAUUUGUUUCUCAACUGAAAGAGCGACUGGAGGAUAUCUGCAAGGAGGAAUUGGCCAAAAUCUCUUUAGCAGUGAAAAAUGUGGAUCCUCUACAGGCUCCAGAGCCCAUGACCAGAGCAGAGUUCUUACAAUAUUCCUGCCAGCUCACACUGGACCCAAACACAGCACAUACAUACCUCUGUCUGUCUGAGGGGAACGGAGCGGUAACACAGGGGGCAGUGAAGCAGCCAUAUCCUGAUCAUCCAGAGAGAUUUGACUUCUGGCCCCAGGUGCUGUGCAGAGAGGGUCUGUCUGGAUGCUGUUACUGGGAGGCUGAGUGGAGUGGGGCUUGGGUCUCUAUGGCAGUCUCAUAUAAAGAGAUCAGCAGGAAAGGAAAUGAGCAUGACUGCUGCUUUGGACUCAAUGAAAAGUCCUGGAGGUUACGCUGCUCUGCUUCAGAGUACUCUUUCUGUCACGAUAAUGAUUACACUGUAAUCCCCGCCCCCCCCUCCUCCAGAAUAGGAGUGUACCUGGAUCACAGGGCGGGAACUCUGUCCUUCUACAGCGUCUCUGACACAAUGACCCUCCUCCACAGAGUCCAGACCACAUUCACUCAGCCCCUCUAUCCCGGGUUUAUUGUUGCGUCGCAAUCUACUGUAAAACUGUGUCCUCUUGAAUGA